AGGAUGCCUAGUAUCAUAUAUGAUUCAUAUUCACAAGAUUUGUGAAAAACCAUGCUCAAAAAACUCUUUUGGAAUUUUCAAACAAAAUGUAAAAAAUUCUAGAAUGGUUUUAAACAACAAAGUAAAUAAUCCUUAAGAAACUUUUACUUAGAGAAAUGUAUAUUAAGUCCCUUAAUAUCAUCUAAAAGAGUAACAAUAUAAAAAAGUCGAUGAAUGGCAAAAAUAGGACUUAUCGGUUAAGUAUUCUUACUUAGAUAAUCAUUUCAUUCCAAAAAAAAAAAAUACCCUUAAAAAAAGCAGAUUUAUCUUUAAGAUUUUAAAGUCAUUAUGGCUAAAACCAAUAAUUUGAUAAUAUAAAAGAUCAACAUCAUUCUUAUUAACAAAUUAAUGAAAUUAAUUCAACUACGAAUAAUAAUACUGAGGUGGCUGAACAACUAAUAUAAAAACUAUCAUAAAAAAAGUGGAAAUACAAAAAAAAUCAAAU